AUGAGGUUAACCACAGACCUGAUCAACAACUCUCUAUCCUUCAUCAACUGUCUCACGGAGCGUGAACUCGAUCUGCGAGGCCACAAAAUCUCCGCCAUCGAGAACAUGGGCGCCGCGCGAGACAACGACGCAGUCGACCUGACCGACAACGAUAUUGCGCAACUCGGAAACUUCCCUCUCCAGCCUCGCCUCCGCACACUCCUCCUUGCGCAGAACCGCGUCGCGAACAUCCAGCCGAACCUCUCCACAAGCAUACCGAACCUGCAAACGCUCGUCCUGACAAAGAACCGGCUCACGGAGCUGGCCGACCUUGAUCCUCUGGCAGGCUUCAAGAAGCUGGUGUUUCUGUCGGCCAUUGGCAAUCCCGUGGCCAGCAAGGAGAACUACCGGUACUGGGUGAUCUGGCGAUGUCCCACAGUGCGCUACCUCGACUACGCGAAGGUCAAGGACAUUGAGCGCAACAAGGCGGCCGAGCUGUUCGGCACAGCAGAGGAGCCAACAGAGCUGGCCAGCAAGAUCAUGGGCGUAAAGUCCAAAGGAUUCGUCGUCCCGACUACAAACGGCUCGCACGGUUACAGCAAGGAUCGCAUCUACACCGACGACGAGAAGAAGAGGAUGCGCGCCGCCAUUCAGGCUGCAACUAGCUUAGCAGAGAUGGCCAGGCUCGAGAAGGAUUUUGCCGAAGGGCGGAUACCGGCGCACAUUCUCGAGGGUGGAGACCCUAUGGAGACAUGA